AUGUCCGGUCUUAUGAGUAAACGCCAACAGGCGCGCAACGAAAAAGUAUUGCAGGAUCUUGUACAUAGCGUGCCUGGUAAUAAUUUCUGCGCGGAUUGUCAGGCGAGAAAUCCAUCUUGGGCAUCAUGGAACUUGGGCAUAUUCCUUUGCAUGCGAUGCGCUGCCAUCCAUCGAAAAUUGGGCACACAUAUUUCUAAGGUCAAGUCGCUUAGCAUGGACAGCUGGACCAAUGAACAAGUCGAGGCUAUGAAACGGGUAGGAAAUGUUGCGUCGAACAAGAUCUACAAUUCUCAGAACAAAAAACCACCCGUCCCUAUCGACGCUGACGAAGCCGAUUCCGCCAUGGAACGAUUCAUACGAGCAAAAUACAUCCAGGCGGCAAUCAAUGGAACGAAAAAACAUAAUACAGGAAGCUCAGACGAGGGCACUCCACCGCCGUUACCACCCAAGACCGGCAGUCGUUUCUUUUCGUUUCGGUCCAAGAAAGAUACACGCUCACGCGAUGGAGCACAUAGUUCCCACGACCCUCAACGUAGCUUCGACCAACCACGCAACAAAGCUUCCAAGGUGUUUGGAGCCAGCGUGCAUCAAGAUACCCCGGAGGAUACAGCCCAAAAGUUGACACAGCUUAGAGAUAUGGGGUUCACAGAUGACAAACGGAAUGCUAUGAUUUUGAAGGGUGUGAACGGUAACCUUGAAAAGACGAUCGAAGCAUUGGUACGGUUAGGAGAAGGAGGAGGAUCACUACCUCUACCAUCGCGUGAUGGUUCCCUACCUACGUCCAGAUCGUUGACCCCGCAACCCUUGACACCUCAACCGACGUCACCGCGGCCUACAAUCGGAUUGUCCAAAUCUAGUCCACCGCCUGUGCCAAGUCCUGCUAGUCCGUCAAACAACCCCUGGGAUAUACAGCCGGCUCAACCUCAGUCGACACAAUCAACCGGAACUCUACAGAAUAGGAAUCCUUUCUAUGCAUCGAAUCCAUUCGGGAUACCAAAUCAACAAACCGGAUUCGACUUAAACCAGAGUUUACAGAAUCUUGCUAUAUCUCCGUCUCAGCAGCCACUUUUCCCACACCACACGGGAGGCGCUCCACCGUCUCAGUCAAUGUCUCAGUCAUUCUACCCGCAUUCUAUGACUCCACCAAUCCCCCAAACUCAGAGUUUUGCGUCACUGUCUUUUAAUAGUAGUCAGACAUAUCCUCAGCCGAGUCCUCAACCACAACAAAACUACAAUCCAUUCUUACAAGCUCCUACAGCCCCACAGCCGACGCUUUCAUUGAACACUUCUCCUUUCCAAAGUCAGGGAUCUUUUGCUUCUAAUCCUUUCACUAAAUCGCCAACGCGACUUACAUCACCGACUUUGAACCAGAUACCCGAACAGACGCAACAAAAUUACUACAAUUCACCCUCGUCUCCCUAUGCGAGCAAUCCGUUCUUUACCAUGAACCAACCUGUACAAAAUCAUAACCAGGCGUUUCAACCGCAACUUCAACCUCAAACUCAACCCCAACCACAGCAAAUUCAGCAAGCGUGGUAUGAGCCUCAGCCUCUCAUACAAGUGGCAACUCAGCCAACAUAUCAACAACCUCAACGGCCUGAUACUGCUUCCAUUAUGGCUCUGUAUAAUUAUCCCCAACUAGCUCCAACCAAACCGCAAGGUCAGGCUCAGGGCGCGCCUAGUACAGAGGCGAGUCAAGCGAUCCCUCCACCUGCACAGCAACAGAUGCCUCUGCAACAAGCGCCAUCUCCUUCAGCUGCAAAUAGAAACCCAUUUAUACAUAGCUCGCCCACUCCUAGUGCGGCUAUGACCGCGGCCCCAGCUCCAUUUGCGGCGCCGACUAAUCCCAAUCCUACCCCAUCGAGUGCUAGAAGCCGGGAGAGUAUGACACUCGGCAUGGAGAUGGCGUGGAAUAACGGUCGACACAGCCCUGAUGCUUUCGCCAGCCUCAGCGCCAGAAGCGGCUAA